AUGAGCAGAGUACCCAAAACCAAGACUUUUGCUGGAUGCUGGACGUGCCGCCGCCGCAAGGUAAAAUGCGAUAAUCGACGUCCACAAUGUAAGCGCUGCGGGACAUCAUGCGAAGGGUAUGACGUGGAGUUGUACUGGAUGCACGGCGAGGACGAGCGGCCGUGUGCGGUGAAGAGGAAGGCGAUGGUGAUACAUGACUCUCAGCUACCGGUAGAAGCCGACCUAUCGGAAGUCGAUAGGAUGCUAGUUGAGAUCGAUGAGAUGGUCGCUGGACUUGGAGGUGGAGCAGGCCCCUGCAUCAUCGGGCCCUUUUCGGCGUUUGCGGUGGAUGGACCUCAACCUACGGCAGACAAGCCGGUGGCCCUGUCCAUUGAUACCAUGAUGUCUGGACUGUCAUUUUUUACUGAUUUGAAUGCAGCCAAGCUGUUGGACAACUACAUCCACGUUGUGGCUGAUCUUUUACAGCCAGCCCGCCACACGCAUAAUCCAUACCGGUCCCUUUAUGUACCCAAGGCAAUGGAGGCAGCUGCUGGUAUAUUUGUUGGAAUCGGGGGCUCCCCAUCUCGACUUCGUACCGCGCUGUUCCACGCAUUGCUUGCUGUCUCGGCCUUUCAUAUGCACCGACGUCGGCCGAGCACGAUGCAUUACAAAAACGAGGGCCGCUUGCAUCGACUAAGAGCAAUCGAGAGCUUGAAGCGAUCUUUUGCAGAUGCGGAGGUUGUAUCGGAUUGCCCUACAGCACUGUCGGCGAUGCUGUCCAUGGUCUCGAUUGAUCUCAUGGAAGGAAGCAUGACCGAUUUCUGGAUCCACCUCGAUGGCUGCAAGAAGCUGCGAUUCCUCCUGCCAAAGCAAGGAAACAAUCAGUUACGUACUAUCUGCUCGUUCAUGAGCACGCUUUCUAGGUCAACCGACCCAUGGCUCCCGCCGAAACCCUGGAAGCAGCAAGAGAACUCUCCCUUUCUCCCCGAUGAUUCGAAUCUGGAAUGCACAUAUGGGAUCACGGCAACUCUAGCCAGCUACAUGGAUCUAGUGAUUCGCCUCUCCCAGCACCUACGAUACUACCACACCAAUGAUCUCCCCCUCCCUCCACCCCUAGAGCACGCAAUCUCCACUCUUCACUCAGCCCUAAUCAGCUGGUCCAUCGCCAAAGAGCCACUGAUGUCUGUUGCUGAAGGCGACGCCGAGACCUUCUCGCUGGUUCAAUGCCAUAUCCUUGCCUUCCAUGCAGGUAUCGUAAUAUACUUCUACACAGUCACUGGAUGGACCAGGACCCCAGACUCCCGUUCAAUUCUGUGCCACUACAACAACAUCUGCGUAACGAACCUACUCUCUGCCGAGGCUCUCAAGACAACAUAUGGAAGUCAAGCCGGGUGGAAUGCCAUGGCCCCUAUUGUCUGGCCUGGGUUUAUUGCGGCUUGUGAAGCGGUGCCUGAGGAAAGGCCGCUGUGGCGGAUAUGGUGGGUCGGCGUGCAGCGGUAUCGUAUUGGAAGCAUUGAAGUCUUGUGGGAAGUAGUUCAAGAGGUGUGGGAUAUCGACGAGAACAGUUCUGAUGCGAAUGAGCCACGGUGGAUGAGCGUUCUGAGGAGGAAUGGAAGGCGGGUCAUGAGUGGCGGUUAG